CUAAGCUGCAGGCGCUCCCCGGAAAGACUGAUCACAUAUAGUACUAGUGCGCGCUGCUUCAUGGAGAAAGGCACGAGGCCUUCUGGUCCCUUUUCUGGUAGGCUACCUAGUAGAUUCCAAUGUUAACGAACAACAUCUACUACGAAGUGUUGAUACAACGGCAAUAUCUCACGAUUGACGGUCUUCUGUAAUAUCCAUGUCAGCUAUUGGGAGUGUAUUCCUGGGAGACUUCCAACGACACCGUAUAAUAUCUUCCACACCUCCACCGUCAUCUCCUCCGCCCGGCCAACUUGGUCAUCAAAUGAGUGUCGCAUCUGCUUCGCAAUCCAUCGAGGAACUUGUGGAGCCUUUAGAUGACGUUCAAUCAGAGCUGUCUGCUGAACAGCCGACGGCUGCUACGACGCCUUUAGCACCACUCGAACCAUCGACCGCACCUCCCGUCAUAGAUCCCUUCCUAUCGCUGGAGCUGAGACUCCGCUGGCUAGAAGCACUACUUCUAGGCGUGCGGCAGGAUGCGCGGGAUCGCAAAGGGAAGGACAAACUGCCAGAGCUCAAGCACGGUGAAACCCUCAUUCGCUUAGCCGAGGACGUGCAACGGCGUCUCGACAACGUCAUACAAUCCAACGACGGCCUUCAGAGGUUCAUGAGUAAAUAUGACCUACAUGCCCAUCUACUAAGUGCAGCAUUCGCUCUGUCAGGGGUGCUUCCUGGGCCAGCCCCGACAUACGAAAACAUGUCCCCAGAAGAACUAGAAGCGCUCCUGGUGGAGAUGGAACCAGAGAUACGAGCUGCAGAUCGGGACAUGCGCGAGAUCGAAAUGCUCGAACAAAAAGGCGUGACAGCAGCUGGAAAGCUCGCAGACUAUGAAUCAUUGCAGCCUCGGUUGGACGCGCUUUUGCUAGCGCACCAGGAGGAUAUUAGAUUAGCUGCGUCGUUAGAGAAGCGAAUAGCGAUCCUUGUCGAUAAACAUGCUACUCAUGUGGACGCGCUUUCUGAACUUUUCGUGGCAUGGGACGAUGUCCUCACCGAAACCGAAAAUAAAGUCAUAAAGCUCGAGCGUGAUCGCGAAGAGCGCCAACGGCUAGGUUAUGAAUAGACACCAGCAACCUGCCACCAUGCUUUGAUGGUACUUUAUGCUCCUUAUAAUGAACAGAAG